UCUUUCGUUGUACAGAUGCUUAUGCAGUGUGUGUGUGUGUGUGUGUGUGUGUGUGUUGCCUUGUCUUUCGUUGUACAGAUGCUUAUGCAGUGUGUGUGUGUGUGUGUGUGUGUGUGUGUUGCCUUGUCUUUCGUUGUACAGAUGCUUAUGCAGUGUGUGUGUGUGUGUGUGUGUGUGUGUGUGUGUGUGUGUGUGUGUGUGUGUGUGUGUGUGUGUGUUGCCUUGUCUUUCGUUGUAGCCUUCAGAAAAAAAAUAUUAAAGUUUUUACAGUGGGAAAAUUUUGGUGGUGAGUGAGAAAAUGACUCAAAUAUUACCUCAAAUUUAACCUGAUGUGGUGGAGCCUCACACUCCUCAGCUGCCCCUAACCAAACCUAACCUAACCCAAAGAAGCCUACCCGAACUUCUGUCUGGUGUCUUCCUCCUCCCCAAGACUGGCUAUCUCGUGUCAUAAUCCCAAGCUAGCCUAACCAAACUCUACCUAACCUAACCUAAGCAAUUCUAACCUAGCCAAACCUUAUCUAAGCAAGCCUAACCUAGCCAAGCCUUACCUAACCUAACCUAACCUAACCUAAAGAAGCCUACCCUAACCUAACCUAGCCUAGCCUAACCUAACCUAACCUGCAUCCUCUUCCCACGGCCCCACUUAACCUAACCUAACGUAACUUUCAGAGCAACGGCAACCCUCCGAUCCGGCAAGCAGGUUGGCGGCAGCGAUGGCGGUGGCGGCAGCAGCGGUGGUGAGGUGGACGGCAGGGACGGAGGGGCGGUACAGGCUGCGGACAUCAAGGAGAAAAAGAACGUGCGGAGAAGCAAGGUGGCAUUCAGCAGUGUGAUCCUGGACCUGGUCGGCUUGACGGUGGUGGUGCCUCUGUCUCCUGCUCUCUUUGACUGUUACUCCAAGCACGACUCCAGCGGCUUGUAUUCCUCUGUGCUCUCCUGUGUGACUUGUUACCAGCAUAUCAUCGGCGUCCCUGCGAGGUUCCACUCUGUCUUGUUUGGUGGGCCUAAUGAUGAUGAUUCCUGCUUUCAUCCUCAUCGGGGCUAACGAGACCAACCUGGGGCUGUACUCUGGACUGACGCUGUAUGCCAUAGAGCAACGGCAACCCUCCGAUCCGGCAAGCAGGUUGGCGGCAGCGAUGGCGGUGGCGGCAGCAGCGGUGGUGAGGUGGACGGCAGGGACGGAGGGGCGGUACAGGCUGCGGACAUCAAGGAGAAAAAGAACGUGCGGAGAAGCAAGGUGGCAUUCAGCAGUGUGAUCCUGGACCUGGUCGGCUUGACGGUGGUGGUGCCUCUGUCUCCUGCUCUCUUUGACUGUUACUCCAAGCACGACUCCAGCGGCUUGUAUUCCUCUGUGCUCUCCUGUGUGACUUGUUACCAGCAUAUCAUCGGCGUCCCUGCGAGGUUCCACUCUGUCUUGUUUGGUGGUAUGUGGGGCCUAAUGAUGAUGAUUCCUGCUUUCAUCCUCAUCGGGGCUAACGAGACCAACCUGGGGCUGUACUCUGGACUGACGCUGUAUGCCAUAGCUGACAUGUGGAGUCCCCCAGGGGACCAAGAUGGGUCCUCUAUGCUUCCUCCUCCUCAUCAACGACGCCCUCACCGACACCCCCCAUCGCUGGAAGUAUGUGGACGACUGCACCGUGGGCGUCCCAGUUUCCAACAAGAACCCGGACUACUCGCCACUGCAAGCAAUUCUGGAGCGACUGCAGACGUGGACAGAGGAGAGCAGGAUGACCAUCAACCACAGCAAAACUGUGGUGAUGCAUUUCUGUACCUCCUCUGUACCAGUGCCCCCUCCCCGGCUCACAGUGGGCCCUCACCCCCUCCAGGUGGUCCAAUGUGCCAAGCUUCUCGGAGUCACGGUGGACGACCAGCUGACCUGGAAGCAGCAUGUCGCCAGCACCGUGAGAUCAGCUACCUACAGGCUGUACAUGCUGCGCAGACUCAGGUCGCUGGGGACGCCGACAGAUGAGUUAAGGGGGUGUACCUCACCUUCAUCCUCCCCAAACUCAUGUACGCCUCCCCAGCGUGGUCCUCCUCCCUCACACACACUCAACAGCUACAGCUAGAGAGUGUGCAGAAAAGGGCGUGCAGGGUCAUCCUUGGCCCUGCAUACACCACCUAUGAAGAAGCCCUGACCACCCUGAGUCUGUCCAGAAUAUCCACCAGGCACCGAGAGGCUCUGGAGAAGUUUGGGAAGGGACUACUGCAUCAUCCGCGUCUCAGAGACAUGCUGCCGCCCGACGCGCCUCGCCCUGUCCGUGCCACCAGACACCACAACAAAAUAACGCCCCUGAAGGCGCCGCGCACGGACCGGUACAGACUCAGUGCGAUUCCCACCAUGGUGCGAGCCAUCAAUCGAUAGUAUUUCCCUCCUAGAUUAGUCUUCCGUUAGGAUUAAUGUUAAGUUUUUCCCCAUCCCCUAUGUACAUUUUCAGUUUGUCAACUGCCUAAAUAAUAAACCGUUUAUUAUUA